AUGCACCAACUAUCUCUCGCUGUGAUGUGUUUGCUGUCUCUGACUACCUCUCACACUGUGACAUACCCAAACAAGAAGGGACGCAACUUCACUAUUCAUUCUUCUCAACUUAUUUGUAGUGUACCGCCAGGCCACCCGGGAGCUCCUGGGUUACCUGGCUUUAGUGGUAGGAUGGGGAUGCCAGGACGUGAUGGUCAGGAUGGGAAAGACGGGGAAAAGGGAGGAAAAGGAGAACAAGGCCAAGAGGGUCAUUCUGGGAACCCAGGAAGGUUUGGAGUAAGAGGUCAUCUAGGAGUUGUGGGGAAGGCUGGGGCAAAAGGCCAUAGAGGGAUGCAAGGAGCACCUGGUGAGCAUGGAAAAGAUGGCAGGAAAGGGGAUAUUGGGGAUUUGGGGGAGCCUGGAGCACCUGGAGGCUGCAACUGUGGUUUAGGUGCACGGUCAGCUUUCUCAGUUGCAGUGACCAAGAGUUACCCGAGAGAGCGCAUGCCUAUCCUUUUCAAACGGAUCUUAAUGAAUGAGGGUGGUCAUUAUAAUGCCAGCAGUGGUAAAUUUACCUGUGCCAUCUCAGGUGUGUAUUUCUUUACCUAUGACAUCACACUGGCCAACAAACACCUGGCAAUCGGGCUUGUGCACAAUGGACAGUACAAGAUCAGGACUUUUGAUGCCAAUACAGGGAACCAUGAUGUUGCCUCUGGUUCAACAGUCCUCCGCCUGCAAAAAGGAGAACAAGUCUGGCUUCAGAUUUUCUAUUCAGAACAGAAUGGGCUAUUUUUUGACCCCUACUGGACUGAUAGUCUCUUUACUGGAUUUCUUAUCUAUGGAGACCAGGAUGCUCUGCAGAAGCUGAACAAAGAGACCAGAGUGGGAUCCUCCUGA